AUGAAGAAAACAGUUCUUAUCACAGGCUGCAGUGCUGGGGGCCUCGGCUACGCGUUGGCUGAAGAAUUCCACAAAAGAGACUUCCAUGUCAUCGCCACAGCCCGCGACAUCUCCAAGAUUGGUCCCCUCCAAAAUGAACCAGACGUUGAGGUCCUUCCUUUGGAUGUUACCUCACCCGAAUCAGUCUCUUUAUGCCUUAAAGAGGUGCAGGGGAGGACCAAUAAGCUAGACAUUCUUGUCAAUAAUGCCGGCGGCGCUUUGUUUAGCCCCUUGGUUCAUGUAGACAUCGAUAAAGCCAAAGCUUUGUACGAUGUCAACCUCUGGGGUGCUCUUAGAGUCACUCAGGCCUUUGCACCACUUUUGUACAGCGCUCGAGGAGUACUUCUGAAUAUCUCGUCUAUGGCGGGAGCGGUUCCCUUAGCAUGGCAAGGUGCAUAUAACAGCUCCAAGGCAGCCUUGACUUUUAUAUCUGAGACAUUAAAGAUAGAGCUGGAGCCGCUUGGUAUACGAGUCGUGACAGCUAUGGUUGGAGCGAUCAAUACUCAUAUCUAUGCUGGCACUGAUGUAUUCCUGCCCGACGACUCCUGGUACAAGCCCAUUGAGAAUACCAUUAGGCAACAGGCUCAAGGUAUAAUGCAACUACCUAAUAAUGAGGCCGUUGAGGUUACAGCUCGGUCGAUCAUCAGGGAUACACUUGGUGGGCGACGCGGCAAGAUCUGGCGGGGUGGUGAGGCUGGCAUAGCGAGUAUUGGCUCGUGGCUUUUUCCGACCUGGGUCGUUGAGUCUAUCCUCCACAAGAACAGAGGAUUGUCUGUACUGAGGAAGCUUUAUCGUAAGCGAUGA